UUUCAGGAAGUGAACAGUGAAGAUGGCUGAUCUGUCGCUGAUCUCAGAGUCAGCCCUCGGCUGGACUAUUUUCACCUUCGUUCUCCUGGUGAUCCUGGUCUUCUGUUGGGUCUACAUCAGGAAGUACCAAAGCCGUCAGGAGAGCGAAGUCAUCUCAACCAUCACUGCCAUCUGUGCUCUGGCCAUCGCUUUGAUAACCUCUGCCCUGCUUCCCGUGGACAUCUUCCUGGUGUCCUACAUGAAGAACCCCAACGGCACCUACAAGGACUGGGCAGCCAACAACGAGACCAGAGGACACAUCGAGGACACGGUGCUCUACGGAUACUACAGUGAGUGUUUGUUUACAUUUACAUUUAGCAGACGCUCUUAUCCAGAGCGACUUAGAGAUACAGCCUCAGACUGGAGGCUGCUAGAGGCUGCAGGGUAA